CCUAAACACAUCGAUCGACAUGGAAGGAGAUGAUUGGGGGAAAAAAGGGCCCAAUCGCCAUUUUCACCUACCACCACAGACACAGAGAGACAGAGUCCAUUACCAACUCCCCAUUUUUGCUUGUAUUUCAACCUUCUCACGAACCGCCAAGCAAUCAUCUCUCUUUAUUCUUUUCCUUUUUCUCUAUAAAAUCCAAUUCCUCCACUUCCCAAUCUUCUGCCAUUCCAACCCCAUUUCCCACUUCCUCCUUUCUUCUUCUCUCUGUUUUUAAUCCAUUAGCAGUAAUUUCUCGGCAAUCUGCGGAGAUGGGUAGCAUUGAUAAGGAGAGAACAAUCGUGGGUUUGGCUGCAACCGACCCUUCCGGCCAUCUUUCUCCUUACACCUUCACUCUCAGGAACACUGGCCCAGAAGAUGUGUUUAUCAAGGUGAUGUGCUGCGGAGUCUGCCACACAGACAUCCACCAAGUGAAGAAUGACCUCGGCAUGUCUCGCUACCCCAUGGUUCCUGGCCAUGAAGUGAUCGGUGAGGUGGUGGAGGUGGGAUCUGAAGUCACCAAGUUCAGUGCAGGGGACGUCGUCGGCGUCGGGUGUCUCGUCGGCUGCUGCCGGAGCUGCAUGGCUUGCGACUCCGACAUCGAGCAGUACUGCAACAAGAAGAUCUGGUCCUACAACGAUGUCUACACCGACGGGAAGCCCACCCAAGGCGGCUUCGCCGAGUCCAUGGUAGUCGACCAGAAAUUUGUGGUGAAGAUCCCUGACGGGAUGUCGCCGGAGCAAGCCGCGCCGCUGCUGUGCGCUGGAGUCACAGUUUACAGCCCGCUGAACCACUUCGGGCUGAAGAAACCCGGGCUGAGAGGUGGGAUAUUGGGGCUGGGAGGAGUCGGCCACAUGGGAGUGAAAAUCGCCAAGGCGAUGGGUCAUCAUAUCACUGUAAUUAGCUCCUCCGACAAGAAGAGAGUGGAGGCGUUGGAUCAUCUUGGAGCUGAUGACUAUUUGGUCAGCUCCGAUGCUGCCAAGAUGCAGGAAGUUGCUGAUUCCCUCGACUACAUCAUCGAUACCGUGCCUGUAAACCACCCGCUCGAGCCCUACCUUUCCUUGUUGAAGGUUGACGGGAAAUUGAUCUUGAUGGGUGUCAUCAACACCCCGCUUCAGUUCAUCUCUCCCAUGGUCAUGCUAGGGAGGAAGGUGAUAACGGGGAGCUUCAUAGGCAGCAUGAAGGAAACAGAGGAGAUGUUGGAUUUCUGCAAGGAGAAAGGCUUGAGCUCCAUGAUUGAGGUUGUGAAUAUGGACUACGUGAACACAGCCUUGGAGCGGCUGGAGAAGAAUGAUGUGAGGUAUAGGUUCGUCGUUGAUGUCGCCGGAAGCAAGCUUCUCCAGCAGUGAAGAGAGAGAGAGAGAGAGAGAGAGAAGAGUCCCAGGGAACUCACUGACCCACUAAGAAGAAUCGUCAAUCAAUUACAUUGUAUUGUCUUUGUUUCUAUCUUUUAUCUAUCUUGUGAUCUGGUCUGGUGUGAUGAUGGAAGCAAUAUUGGCUUGCAGUGGUGAUCAAAUAAAGAAUGAAAAUUUCCAAUGGCGUUGAGAUUCUGGAUUCUACUGAGAUGGGAACUGGUUUAUUUGCAUAUCCCGGUUCAAAAGUUGCAUACAAAAGUGAAUGAUAAUAUGUUGUGUGUUCAAAUUGUGAUUUAAUCAUGAUUCAACUAUUUUAUGUCGAUGAAAAUCGGGCUGAUACGGUAUGUUUUCAUUACUAUUGGUAUUAUGGUAUAUGUUUGUUUAAGGAUAGUGGCUGUUUGGUGUGUGACAGUGAAAUAGUGCCAACUUUGUGGGCAAAUGGUCAUUUGGUCGACAGAGACGUGAAGUGGAGAAAGGGGGAUAAUAAUAAUAGUAAACGUGAGGUGGUGUUAAAUCGAAGGCAUAUCAUAUUCAAUAUUCAGAUGCCAUAGUUGACUAAACUCCAUGGAUUAUUAUCAAAACUAUCUUGUAAAUCACUAAGGGCACCCUCACCGGAGGUGCGGAGCUACACUAUGGCUCCCCCAGAAUUUCGAAAGUUACGUGUAAGUUGUUCGUGAUUUUUGAAAAUUAUGUAUAAACAGAAAGUAAAACAUAAGAAAGUAGUUGCUAAUUGUAACACAUUUACUAGUGCAGCCUAACGGAAGGACAUGCUUAUACAAUCAUGGGAAUGCUGGUUUGAUGCUAAUGACAGACAUAUGUUACCCUUUUUUGUUUUCUACUUGUACUUGGCACGAAAAUUCAAUUUUAAAAUCAAUUAAGUUCUUCAAAUUUGCAUUCCACGUUUUAAGGACUCUUUUGAGUAUAUAUAAUGAGUUUUUUUCUCUUUUCAUUUUUAGCUCUAGAAAAUGGUGUAAACUUUGCAUUACAUGUUUUAAGGACUAUUUUGAAUAUACAAUGAGUUAAUUUUUCUUGUAAUAGAUUGUACACAUUGAUUUUUCAACUAUAAAAAUCAUGAAACAUGUUAGGUAUUGGAAUGUAUUAUUAAUUUUGUUGGUAAUUAACUCAUUUAUAGUCAAAAUGACAUGAUAAUUUAUUUGUCUUAAAUCGUGUUUGAAGUAAAUCUAAUUGUCUUAAAAAAGUGUCUUGGGCAAUUUUGAUGAUUAAAAGUACUCUUUUUAAAGUUUGAAUUAUAUUUUUGUGUUUUUAUGCCUCUUACGGUAAUACGAAUAAAAAUUUUCGACCCCCCCCCCCCCCCCCCCCCCCCCAAGUUCGAAUCCUGGCUCCGUCCCUGCACACCGGCUAUCAUUAUUCACUUUGAUUAUGACGUGGGUAUGGAAGUUGCAAUUGCAAAGUGAAUAUCAAUGAUGCAUGAACUGCUAAUUGCAAGCAGUUUAUAUAAUGAAAGUCUAUAUGCAAUUCAACGUGGCUGGCUGGUGGAUUUUGGCUUCUUUCUUUUUUAUUCUUUUAAUGUUAUUUAAAUAAUAUAAAAUAUAUUUUAGGUGUGUUAUUUUUUUUUAAUUGCAAUUGCAAGUGAAUUGCAUUGAUGUAAUUACAAUUAAAUUUAAAUGAGUAGGAUUGCAUAAUUGUUGAGUUGGCAAUAAAUAUAACCUACGCAAUUGAAUUUCCAAUUGUAUUAAUGGAGAUGCUUUAAUAGAUAUCUUAUGGGUUGUUGGAUGUUAUUUUUCAUCGGGUUGGUUUUCCAGCAAUUAGCGGUUUUAUUAAACUCCCUUGAUCAAAUAUACGGUUAAGUCUCGAAAGCAAACUACAAGGCUGACAACUGACCAACAAACAAUCCAACCGAUUUUAAAGUAACAAAAAAUCACUACCUCUCAACCCACUUAUUUGAAGGUAGGUAGGUCGAAGUAACGAACAGGAAGAUAACCCUCCGUGAAAUAUGUACACCGUGUAAAGCAAUUUCCUUGGCAACGGGAUACACCUUUGUUCUCACGCAAAAUCUUCACUCAGUCAAAAAUCAAAAGAUCGUCAACUAAAAAGAGAUCAGUGAGACCAAUCAAUUUACAUUGUGACAGAUAUGAUAAACAAGAAUCCCCGAGCAGUUGGAUGCAAACAUCACAUGAAGGACCUUCAAUCCUCCAUGGCCUAUAGUAAAUAGAGAUUGAAACAAGGUGAUCUACCUCAGAAUCAUAGCCUCGUUGAGGACGAACCCUAAACUAAAUUACUUCCUAGCUAGGCCUAACCCCAUUAUAUAAAACACACAACAAGGAGAUAGGGUUUUGGUUGAAGCCAAUCGAACCUACCCGAUCUAACAAAAAAUUCCUACUUCUGUUUUGUGCUUCCACGACGUCCCUCCUUCCUUUGAUUCUUUCUACCAAAUACCAACUUUUCCUUUAUCAAUAAGAAAUUCAUCAUCGGAGAGUUCCGAGUUGUGUACUUGUGUUAGUGCAACUCUAACCCCAACCCACCAGUUGACCAAAUGCUACCAAAUUAAUAUCUUAUAUUAUUAACACUACGUGUAUUCAUUCACAUGGCAAAUUAAUUUAAUAGUGUAAUAUAAUAAUGAUGAUGAUAAUCACAAUACUAUCUCGUUCCGAAUAAAUAAAAUAUAAUUUAUCCUCUCCGGUCUGGCUUUGAUUUUUGGUAAAGUUUCGUCCAUCAGCAUCUUUACCUACCACAAGGAGCCAGUCUUCCUUGACCCCAAAAAAACAAAUGAAGGGAUGCCGUGCCAGGCCAGCCACUCUCCAUUAAAAUUGUUAAUAAAACUGGAUAAAUAGGCAAGGAGGCUCUACUUCAUGGUUGUCUAAUCCACUGAUAUGUCGGUCAGUACAAUCCUGCAUUCAAUUAUGAUCGGGUGGAAGGUCAUUGGUAUAAAGCGGUAAUCAAAAU